GAAACGCACGCGCGCGCGUUUCUCACUCACUCAGAAGUGAUAUAAAAUCGUCAACUAAUUAAAGCAUACUUUAAUACAAUAUAUAUAUACAACGUGAUAGCGUAUAUAUAAAAAAAUAUACUACAUACCCUUCUUAUGAAUGACUGAAAAUAUAAACAGUGUACAUAUAUUUAACUGAAAAUUACAAUAGUAAUAUUUUCAUCCGGUGUUGUAUUUUUUAAUUUUGUGCUAUGUCAAUCGUGUUAAUUUGACAGUCACAAAAAAAUCUUGUGCGGCGUAUGUCGUAUGAAUACGACUCAAUUUAAUUAUAAAACAGACGAUGCACCGUAACUAGUUGUUUAAAUUUUAAAUCAUGAACAAACUGGUGAACAGUGUGAAGAAGUGGACUGGCGCCUCCAGGAAAGCGAGUCCUGAGCUAUCAAGAAGCCAGUACUCGUUGGUGUCAUGUGCUGAACUUGCCUCGGGACAGUUGUGGCUCAGUUUGCCAGAGGAAGUCAAACACGAUCCGGCUUUUGCCUCGCUGAAGCAACUGUACGAGAAGGAACAUGGUGAGUUUCAAGCAGUCGCACUGACUGGCAAAAACGCAACGCGCGCCAAGAGGCUGCCGUUUGUAAACUCAGCACCGCAUCUCAACAACAAUCCGCACAUCAUAGCUGAAGAUGUGGUGUUCAAUGGAGUGGACGGCAUCAACCUACCUAACAUUGGGAAAGAUGACCAAAUACUCAAUAACACUGCAGACCACAAGAGACCGUCGAGGAUUGCACAAGCACGUCACUACACGAAGAUGGUAUUACUACUGGCCUGUUGGGUAUUCUUCACAAUCGUAUUCCUUUUGUACAACGAGAAAGAAGAAGUUGUGAAAAAUACAGCUGUUAUGCCGGACGAACUCAAAAGUUACAUAUUACGGAUAUCAGAUGAUAAACUGAAAAUACUCGUUUCGCUCUCUGGACCAUUCUUGUCAGAACAAGCCGAGAGAAGGUUGAAUUCCUCACAGUAUGAUGACGCCAGUAAGAUGGAGGUGUGGCUCGAGAGAUGGUACCUGAAGGGAGAUGCUGGUGACUACAUUACAGCUGCCGAUGUGGAUUUCAAAGAGGAAAUUGUCCCAUGGAAAAUAGUAUUACAAAAUGACGUAGAUUUCAACCAAGGAGAACCCAGGCAGUCUGUGCUUAGACUAACAACAAACGUCAGCAAUACAAACUCUUCCACUGUGUACGCAAUACAAAUGAAAUCCACAGCGAAUCAAACCAUUCCGUUUACGAUAAGCUACACUAUUAACCCACUGGAUAUAACUACCGGCGUUAUAUAUGCGUGUGUGCUGCUCUGUGGCUUGUAUGUGUUGAUUAUAUUCGAGAUUAUUAACAGGACAAUGGCGGCGAUACUAGUGUCAACUACUGCGUUGGCAACGUUAGCAUUAGCCGGAGAACGGCCGUCACUUCCUGAGGUGGUAUCCUGGCUUGAUAUGGAGACACUGCUGUUGCUCUUCAGCAUGAUGCUGCUGGUGGCUAUUAUGGCAGAAACUGGGAUGUUUGACUUCUUAGCAGUAUAUACUUUCGAGGUCACAAAAGGCAAGCUGUGGCCUCUAAUCACUCUGCUGAACAUCAUCACAGCUGGCCUCUCGACAUUCUUGGAUAACGUCACAACAGUUUUACUGAUGACGCCUGUAACAAUCAGGUUAUGUGAAGUAAUGGAUCUGGACCCCGUGCCUAUACUUAUGUCUAUGGUGAUAUAUAGUAACAUAGGUGGCACGAUGACUCCAGUUGGGGAUCCGCCUAACGUGAUUAUUGCCUCUAAUAAAGCUGUAAUUCAAUCGGGAAUUAACUUUACAAACUUCACGCUUCACAUGUCGUUGGGCAUACUACUGGUAUACAUACAAACAUACUUACAGAUUAGAUUUAUAUAUCGGGACACAAACAAGCUCAGAUUGAAAGUACCACGAGAAAUUCAAGAUCUUCGCCAGCAGAUAUCUAUAUGGCGCAGAGCAGCCGAUUCCUUGCCACAUUUAAGCAAAGAUGAACAAGUCGUCAAAGAAAGACUGGAAAGAAAGAUUCGGAAACUAAACAAUCAGUUGGAGGUUCUGGAGAAGGAAAGCAGAAAGAGAGCAUGUCCUAAGAGUACAUUCGAGAAUACUCUGAAAGAAAUGAAGGAUAAGUACAAGAUCCGUGAUAAGGUGCUGCUACUAAAAUCAACUGUGGCCAUUACUUUCGUCGUUAUAGUGUUCUUCUUGCAUUCAAUACCUGAAUUGAAUCGCAUAUCCCUGGGUUGGACUGCGCUACUGGGAGCUAUAUUGUUGCUGACACUGGCUGAUCGUGAGGAUUUGGAACCUAUCCUGCAUAGAGUCGAGUGGUCUACGUUGCUAUUUUUUGCGGCACUCUUCGUAUUGAUGGAGGCACUUUCAAAACUGGGUCUCAUCGAAUACAUUGGUGGUCUGACGGAGGGUUUGAUACUGCAGGUUGAUGAAAGUGCCAGACUAGCAGUCGCUAUACUCCUCAUGCUCUGGAUAUCAGGUGUAACCUCGGCAUUCGUGGAUAAUAUUCCUUUAACGACAAUGAUGGUUCGUGUAGUGACGUCAUUAGGAUCCAAUCCUAAUCUCGGAUUGCCGAUUGCACCACUAGUCUGGGCGCUGUCAUUUGGGGCAUGUUUAGGAGGUAACGGCACUCUGAUUGGCGCAAGUGCAAACGUCGUGUGCGCUGGUGUAGCUGAACAGUACGGUUAUAGAUUCACAUUCAUGCAAUUCUUCAAGAUCGGUUUCCCCAUCAUGAUUGGUCAUCUUGUGGUUGCAUCUGGGUAUCUUCUGCUCUGUCACUGUGUAUUUACUUGGCACUGACUGCGUACAGGUCAUUUUACUGUAAUAGACCUUGCACUUACUCAAUCACUCCACAAUCCGUAGAUGAGAAAUUAAGUAUAUUCUGUGAGAAUAUUUCAGACGUAACGUGUGAGAAUACGUAUUACAAAUAUUCUCACUAAUUUGUUAACAUGACGUCUGCAGACAAGGAAGUUCCCGAAUUAUACUUUACUUUCAUCUCACAUAAUUUACUACACCAUACCUUUACAGUCCACUGUAAGGGAUCAGGUAUCUCCCCAUAACGGUUCCCAAUAGUAUAGUGCGCUUUGGUCCCUAAUAGUUUUUGGGAUAUCCUGGGACUAUAACAAGUAGUGAGGUGACAGAUUUAUACCUAAUUUUUACACGGAGAGUUUAACUGUACUAAUUAAUCUUAUCUUUAUAUUAAUUAUCGGUAUAUGAUUGAAGCAAUUAUUGGACAGUUGAUUUCUAUUGAAAAUUAAUACCGUAGCUUUGUAUAAGUAGCUAUAAAACUUUUGAUUAGGAUUGAAAUCUAUUUUGUAAUUACCUAAUUAACUUAUAGAUAGGUUGUUGUCUUAUUUAAUUUUUGUAUUAGCAGUUAGAUGAGAUAAAUUAUUGUCAUGAAAAUAUAAUUAUUUGUUAGGAUUAUAAUGUCUGUAAAGACAUCACUUUCAAUAUGUAUACGAUAGCCUACUAAUAUUUUACUUUUUACGCUUAGUGAAGUAUUUUUAGUGAUAUAGCAUUGAACUAUCGAUAUUUAUUGCAUAUUUAAAUUCUGCAUUGAAAUUAUAUUUAUUAAUAAGUUAAAAAUAUAUCUUAGGCAUUUUGUAGCCUAUUAUAAAUUUCUUAGAGGUCACUAAACAGCCCCUAAAACAGAUGAGUAGUUAUAAUUUUAUUAUAAAAAUAAAUUAUGACUAUUCUCACACACAUUUAUGAGAAUAGUUAUAUAAUGAUAUUUAUUGGUACGUUUUUAUACAUAGGAUUAUUUAUAUUUUUUUAUAAGUAUCAGAUUAUAUUCACUAAUUAGAACCCAAGGCAUCUGAAUAAUUAUCACAACGUAUUUACCGUACUUUAAGUUUGGACUAUUGGUUCGAAGAUACAGUACCUAUACGAGAAUAUUAAAAUAGAAUGCAAACAAUAUUACCAGAGGUUUUAGUUUUAAUCUGUUCCUGUGACUAUCUGUGAUAUGUAUUGUUGGGUUGUUAUAUUUAAUAAGGAUACGAUGUGGACCAAAGGAGGUUUAUGGUUUACCAACACGGAAAGUACUCAAAAUGUGAUAGUUUGCAUAUAAAAUUACUUGAAUUGUAUUUUGGUGAUCGUCAGCUUGGUUAGAUCCCAAGAGAUUUCGGAUAUUUAAGCAAGUUUUUGUACAUAUUUAUUACUUAGAGUAAUUAACACCUAUUUGCACCCUAAAAUGGAAAAAUAAUAACAAAAGUGGCCAGUCAUUUUGUUAUCUGGCUAUCUUACUGAUUUGUUGUUGAAUUGGUUGGAGCGAGACAGAAUGAUUUAUAUUGGAAGUUUGUGAUGGAGAAUAUAUUGAGUAAUAUAAUCAAUACUAAACAUUUAUAGUAAUAUAUACUAUUAAUACUAAAUGUAAUAGUAUUACGAUCAAAGGCAUACUUAGAUGUAGACUUAGUAUAAAUGUGUAUACUAAUUGGACAUUCAAUAUGCCUAUUUUUUACACAAAACCUCUGUUUCUUUUUAUACAAAUAGAGCAUGGUUUCAUGUAUAAUUUGAAUAUAGUCAUAAUCACUAUGCGUUUAUUUGUUCCUACUAAAAUCGAUUUAGCUACUUUAGAAGUAAUCAAAAUAGUAUUUUUAUCGUAUAAAUGGAUAAAAUAAGCAUUUAACGUAAUAAUACGGUCAUACAACAAAUACCCAUUGUAAUGUAGGCAUUUUCAAGUGUUGCUUUCUUUCAAUAUCAACAAAUAACUAUGACACUAGCCACCCCGUCUGGGAUUACAGUCGCUAUUAUAUUUUAAAAUACCACUAAAGUAGAAACUAAUUGUUUUGGUUCCUUUCGAGUCUUGCCAAAGACUUGUUGUAUUUAAACGGCAUGAAAUAUGUAUGUACAAUCUGCGCAUUGAACAUUGUAUGAGUACGCGACAAAAUGAAUCGUAUUAUAAUUAGCAUAAAAUAACUAUUUUAAGUUCACAGAGCGCCACCUUCGCACAAUAAUUAUAUUAUUUCAGUAUUUUAGUCGAACAAUUAUAAUUUAAGUUAUUUACUUAUUUAAGUACAUCAAAGAAUAAUUAUUAUAAAUUAUUUUUACAUGAGUUUUAUUUGUUAAAUAUAGUAUAAUGUAAAUUAUAUAAAAAUGUGAUAUGAUAAGUAAUAACCAAAAUUAAACAGUUACUAGACAUACAGUUUAAACAUGUCCGUCUACAUCGGUAUAUCUAACUUACCUAAUAACUUUCUUUACAAGCUGUAUUGAGAUUUGGAAAUUGGUAUAUGGCAAUAAAAAAUGAUAAUUUUAGGGGGAUUAAAAUAAGUCUACAAAAGGUAUAAA